AUGGCUGAAAACAAGCCACAAACAGCGCUUAAGGGCGCCCCAACCGAAACGCGCGGCAACACAACCAUUGGUGCAGCGACUACGCAGCCUCAGGUAGGUCAAUUUGGCAAAAAAAAAUUUUGAAAAACUUUGUUUUUUGGCUUUCUCAAAAAAUUUCAAAAAAAUUAAUUUUCCGAGCUGCGCCCGAGCCCUGGCUUGGAAAUUAUUUUUAGCUGUCCUUAGGGGAUUUUUAUACCUCUCUAGGAUCUUAAAAGUCAUGAAUGCUGCAGUAGAUGGUCUCAAAAAAUUAUCAGCCAAGGCUCGGACGCGGCUUGGGAAAAAAAAAUUUUUUUGAAAUUGACCAAAAAAUCAGCCAAUUCCACUCAGAAUUGAUACUUUUAGAAGAAAUACGAUAAAUUGGUGAGUUUAAUCGUGAUUUUUUGAACAAAAAAGUCAGUUUUUAACCGAAAAAACGGGUAAAAUUCUAAUUUUUUAGCCAAAAAUCUCAAAAAAUGCUAAAUUACUGCUUUUUGUUUCAAAAUUCAGGCGAUAUUUUAAUUGAGGGCCCAGCAAUGUGAUUUUCAUUUCAUUUUCAGCCCACUUUCUCCGUUGGCCCCAUCAAAAACACGUCCAAAGCCAAGCCCACUAUUGCGCCGGCCCCUCCCACUAUUGCACCAAAAUCCGCAGUUCCGACCGUUGUACCGGUCAAACCGGCUACUCCAACCGUUCCAGUGGCCGGUCCAGUCCCUCAGAAUCCGCCGAAAACCGUUGCGGCACCGAAACCCGCUGUUCCGGAGGGUCAGAAAACGGUGAUCCCGCAAAAACCUUCGUCCAAUCACACGGCCAGAGGAGCGGAUCCGCUGCAGGCGGUGAAGAACGAGACGGUCCGCCCGGUCGGCGUCGCCCCACCGACCAUUCGGCCGGCCGGACCCGCGGUUCCGACGAUUCGACCGGUCGGACCGGCUGUUCCGACUCUUCGACCCGCCGCACAGGCCACACUCAGCGUUAGUGCGGCCGUCUCGGCCGAUCCGGGAAGAACCACCAUGGCGAGUGAGGCUACGGUCACUACGAACAGACCGGAAACUACGAUCAGAACCGCGACCGGAGCAAAGGUCCCGGCCAGAAGUUUUGAGGAGACCAAGACUAUGGGACGGUUUGAGUACUCCAUCUCGAUCAAACCGGAGAAACCGGUGGUGAGGAGGGCUGUAGAAGGGUUUUGGGGGAAAUAUAUGGAUUUUUGGUAUUUUUGAGGGGAAAAAAUUUAUUUUUUUUGAGGCGAAAUUUUGCUUUUUUUGGUUGAAGAUGUUGUUUUUGGGGGAACUUUUGAUUUUUUUGUUGAAAAAAUUGAUUUUUUGAAAGGAAAUUUUUGCUUUUUUGGUCGAAAGGAUUGUUUUUUUGUGGAAAAUUUUGAUUUUUUUGAUUGAAAAAAUAUUUUUUCUGGUCGAAAAAUUUAAUUUUUUGUGGUCGAAAAUUUUGAUUUUUUGAGAGAUGUUUUGAAAAUUGAUUUCUUAUAAUUUUUUUUGAUUUUUUAUCCAAAAAAUUCUUGAUUUUUACACUAAAAUUUUCAGUUCUACAAAGGUCAGACGUGGCUGACUUUGUUCAUCUUCAACACUUCCAAAUUCCGUCUCUGCUUCCGGAUCGUCCCUCCAGACCCGCAUUAUUUCACGGUGUAUCCACUCAGCGGCUUUAUCGAUGUCGGCAAGUCGACGUAUGUCGCGAUUCAGAGAUUGGUAAGUCAAUUUUUACUAAAAAAAAAAAAAUUUUUAUUUUAUAUUUUUUUAUUUUUUUCAAUUUUCAAAUUUUUUUUUAUUUUUUUUUUUUAUUUUUUUAUAUUUUUUUUCAAUUUUCAAUUUAUUUUUAUUUUUUUUAAAUUUUUUUUCAAUUUUCAAAUUUAUUUUUAUUUUUUUUUCAAAAUUUUUUUUUCAGCAGCCCACCAUAGAAUGUCUCGACUGUUUGGAUAUUGAAUUUGGCCCCGACACCGGAGUACAGCAGGCCUCAAUUUUGUUUGAAGAUGCGUAUUGCGAUUAUGACAGAAUUCAGGUCCCGAUUCGUUGUACCGGCGAGGUAGAACCCAAGAAAACCAAGGCCUAA